AGAAACCUAGAGAGGAACCAGGCUAUGUGGGGUGGCCAGUCCUCUUCUGGCUGUGCCGGGUGGAGAUUAUAACAGAACAUGGCCAAGAUGUUCAAAUGUUCAUAAAUGACCAGCAUGGUCGAAUAAUAAUAAGGCAGAACAGCACUUCUGCAUUAAGGCCUAAGCAUUUUGAAGGGAUACAUGAAACUGAAUUACUACUACCGCAAUAAAUUGAGCAAUGAAUACUAUGAAAUCACAUAAUAUAGGCUUGUCAUUUCAUACAUCACAUAAUAUAGGCUUUCCAGUUCAUACAUCACAUAAUAUAGGCUUGUCAUUUCAUACAUCACAUAAUAUAGGCUUGUCAUUUCAUACAUCACAUAAUAUAGGCUUUCCAGUUCAUACAUCACAUAAUAUAGGCUUGUCAUUUCAUACAUCACAUAAUAUAGGCUUGUCAUUUCAUACAUCACAUAAUAUAGGCUUGUCAUUUCAUACAUCACAUAAUAUAGGCUUGUCAUUUCAUACAUCACAUAAUAUAGGCUUGUCAUUUCAUACAUCACAUAAUAUAGGCUUGUCAUUUCAUACAUCACAUAAUAUAGGCUUGUCAUUUCAUACAUCACAUAAUAUAGGCUUGUCAUUUCAUACAUCACAUAAUAUAGGCUUGUCAUUUCAUACAUCACAUAAUAUAGGCUUGUCAUUUCAUACAUCACAUAAUAUAGGCUUUCCAGUUCAUACAUCCCAUAAUAUAGGCUUGUCAUUUCAUACAUCACAUAAUAUAGGCUUUCCAGUUCAUACAUCACAUAAUAUAGGCUUGUCAUUUCAUACAUCCCAUAAUAUAGGCUUUCCAGUUCAUACAUCACAUAAUAUAGGCUUGUCAUUUCAUACAUCCCAUAAUAUAGGCUUUCCAGUUCAUACAUCACAUAAUAUAGGCUUGUCAUUUCAUACAUCACAUAAUAUAGGCUUGUCAUUUCAUACAUCACAUAAUAUAGGCUUGUCAUUUCAUACAUCACAUAAUAUAGGCUUGUCAUUUCAUACAUCACAUAAUAUAGGCUUGUCAUUUCAUACAUCACAUAAUAUAGGCUUGUCAUUUCAUACAUCACAUAAUAUAGGCUUGUCAUUUCAUACAUCACAUAAUAUAGGCUUGUCAUUUCAUACAUCACAUAAUAUAGGCUUGUCAUUUCAUACAUCACAUAAUAUAGGCUUUCCAGUUCAUACAUCCCAUAAUAUAGGCUUGUCAUUUCAUACAUCACAUAAUAUAGGCUUUCCAGUUCAUACAUCACAUAAUAUAGGCUUGUCAUUUCAUACAUCCCAUAAUAUAGGCUUGUCAUUUCAUACAUCACAUAAUAUAGGCUUGUCAUUUCAUACAUCCCAUAAUAUAGGCUUUCCAGUUCAUACAUCACAUAAUAUAGGCUUUCCAGUUCAUACAUCACAUAAUAUAGGCUUUCCAGUUCAUACAUCCCAUAAUAUAGGCUUUCCAGUUCAUACAUCCCAUAAUAUAGGCUUGUCAUUUCAUACAUCACAUAAUAUAGGCUUUCCAGUUCAUACAUCACAUAAUAUAGGCUUGUCAUUUCAUACAUCACAUAAUAUAGGCUUUCCAGUUCAUACAUCACAUAAUAUAGGCUUUCCAGUUCAUACAUCACAUAAUAUAGGCUUUCCAGUUCAUACAUCACAUAAUAUAGGCUUGUCAUUUCAUACAUCACAUAAUAUAGGCUUUCCAGUUCAUACAUCACAUAAUAUAGGCUUGUCAUUUCAUACAUCACAUAAUAUAGGCUUUCCAGUUCAUACAUCCCAUAAUAUAGGCUUUCCAGUUCAUACAUCCCAUAAUAUAGGCUUUCCAGUUCAUACAUCACAUAAUAUAGGCUUUCCAGUUCAUACAUCACAUAAUAUAGGCUUGUCAUUUCAUACAUCACAUAAUAUAGGCUUUCCAGUUCAUACAUCACAUAAUAUAGGCUUGUCAUUUCAUACAUCACAUAAUAUAGGCUUUCCAGUUCAUACAUCCCAUAAUAUAGGCUUUCCAGUUCAUACAUCCCAUAAUAUAGGCUUUCCAGUUCAUAAGAUCCUACAGAUUCGCCAUUAAACACAUGUUAAAAUGUACCACUCUACAAAUUGUACUUCUACCUACAUUGUAGAUAAAUAAAAGAUAAGCUCAAAUUGUUAUGACACUUUUAUUAAUUAACAAACUACCACUCAGCUGAAAUUCAGGACCCAGUACGCUUCUACGGAAAGGGGAGGGGUUUAUGAAUGAUUGAUAGGUCAUCAGAGUGCCGUCUACAGUGAAGGAGAAAUGAAAACUAAAGCUUGUCCCCGAGAGUCUCUCUGACUAUUACUGAAAAAUUGAUUUGCUUCUGUUGAUUCUGCAUUACACAGCAGUUAGACGAUCAAAGGAUGUAGCUAUAUUUAACAGUCAUUUACGCCUUGAAGCCUUUCCAGUCGAGCCGAUAAUGCUUAAAACGAAGCUGCCCAUGAGAACCGCGGAGGCAGGAGAUGAUACGGCCGAGGAACAGCCGGAUCUCCAUAUUCCCAGAUCGGUCUCUCCCACGAUCUCGGACAGGCUCGAAGAUUCAUCCAGACACCCAGGAUAUCCAUCUCAAUUGGACAAAGAGACCGUUUUCGAGUGGUUUGGUUUGCAUCUAAAUCCUGCCAAGCGGAUCGAGUUAAUGUGCGGACUGCUGCAUAUGUGCCAGCCGCUCGAACUCCGGUUUUUGGGCUCCUGUCUGGAAGACUUGGCACGGAAAGAUUACCCAAUUCUACGGGAUGUCGAGAUCAGGGCGAACUGUCCGAAUGAUUUGGGCAUUUUAUCUGAUGUUAUCGACCCGGUGGUGCGCUCCAAACUGCUGGUCUGCUUAUCUCUUCUGCGAUCUGACAGCAGGGAGUGUGCGGGAAUACUAUUUCAGAUAUUGAACCAUAUGGAUCCCUCCUUGUUCUACAAAAACUAUCCCGGUUAUUCUGUUUCUCCCUUCAGGGACCCGUUCCAUCCUUCGCGUGUGGACGGGAAAACGUUCAGGAGAACAGAGCAUAUUUGCGGGCGUCCAAUAGAGGAAGCAGUCGGACCCUUGGAGCAGUUUGCGUUGCUUUUUACUAUGGCUUCGUUGCAUCCAGCGUUUCCUUUUCAUCAAAGAGAAACCCUUCUAGUGCAUCUGGACAAAAUCAAAUUUGCCACAGAGGAUAGACAGCAGAAUCCGUACAGAAUAAACACCCAGGCCCAGGAAGCAGAGUACCUGGGCCCAGCUGCCGUCACCACUGAAGCCAGUCUGGAUGAGAGGACGCAGGGGCAGGGGCAGAGACAGUGUGCCAGCCAGACACCCCCCAGCUGCAGGACCCAGAGGGAAGCUGUACAUAUAGAGAAGAUUGUACUGAAGGGGAUGUCACAGAGCAGGACAGACAGGGAAUACAAUUUUGAGGUGAAGUGGUCUGACUUCUCAUCCAGCAAUGUCAGGAAAACACAGCUUGAACUGGAGAGCCUCUUGUUAAAGCUCCCCAAGGAGCAGUCCACGGAGUCAUUUGAGAAGGGCAUCCUCAGGCUGCUCAACCAGGGAGACAAGUACGAGAGCAGGGGGGUGGAGAGGAACCUCAAGGAGAAGUUUCUGUCGGCUCCACAAGCUUUCCGACAGACGAGGAAGGUCUGUUGCUUCUUCCUGUGUGAGUCCUCCUCUUCCUCCUCCUGCAGCUGCAGCAGAUGUAACCCUGCAGCUCUGGGGAAGUCCUUCAAGGAGGAUGGUUCUGAGGCAUCCAGCCAAGAGGAAGUUGUGUAUUUGGAUCCGUACGUUCUGGGACACCGAAAGAAACAUGUCAGCAAUAGACCCUGCCAUAGCGUUCCCGAUGCCAAAAGUUCCCAGGGAGAGAGCAUUCGAAAGGGGUCACACAGCCUGCCUGACUGGACGAGGAAGACCUACACGCUUCAACUCGAUCAGGAGGCCUCUGGGGGCCCAGAGCAGCAUCAGGGCAGUGAGAAGAGGGGCAACCACCCUGCCAGCAUGAGGCAGCCACUGGGACCAGACAGGGAAAAGGGGAAGAAAGCAUACUUGGCGGCGAAUGGGAGCAUGGUGCCACCAGCCUCUCAGCGAGUGCGACAGUCGACAGGGAAAGACGGAGACUCCAGUCAGGAGGUAUACGGCGAAACCUCGUCUGAGAGCUACAGCUCGGCCUUCAGCCCCCAGCACCACGAACCAGAGAGCCUGGACAGCGAGGACGAAAAGGAUAAAGAUACGGACAGUACCCAGGGCCCAGCGGACUCCUUCUUUCCCUGGCAGGAGGUUGCCGGUGGGGCCAUGCCCACCAUCCACCACCUGGUCUCUGCCAAGCCUGUUGGGGAGCCCCCCAGCCUUGACUAUCCCCCAAACACCUUCAUGCACACCCUGCCCUGCAUAUUGCCCAACGGUGCACUACCUGUCGAUGCCCCUCUGCCAGUCAUGCCCCCCCACCAGGUGGCAGCUGCCCUGGUAGACAACAAGGUGGUCGGAGGGCUGAUCAUGCAGGUGCCCCUGGUCCUCCAAGAGCCUACGUCCACCACCGUGCCAGUUCCCGUGCCAGGGGAUCCAGAGCAGAGGGAUGCCCCUGCUGCAGUGCCCAUGGUACUCCCAGGGUUUGGCUCCCUAGCCCUGGGCUUACACUCCCCUGGCAGCCCUGCCCUGCAGCUCCCGGUCCAGCACUUCAAGACAGCCCCUCCACAGACCACUGCCAGCUCUGAGGGUGUCACCACCCUCCCUGCCCACCAGCCCCUGGUGGAAGCUAUAAGUGUCAUCACCCCUGGUCCGCCCUAUGCCUCACCCCUGCAGCCUGCCUACUCCAACCCAGACCCUGCCGCCCCCCUAACCCCAUCCGUACCCCUGGGGGACCUUAGCAUCCCUCACAUCAAGCACCCAGAUGUGUCCCUUUUCUCGGGCCUGCCCUCCCUGUACACUAUGGCUCCCAUCCCCACUUCCGUCAUGGCCACACUAGGGGUAGCGCCUUCCCCUGGACAGGUUCAGGCGGUGGUGCCCCCGUCCGUACCCACCCACAACCCCAGCCCAGCGCCCGGCUCAACCCAGACCGACUCCACCUCCUACGUCAACAGCACCAGUAACUCCGUCGCCCAGCAACAGGCGCAACCACAACAACAACAACAGCAGCAGCAGACAACUCACCAGGAACAGGCCAUGUGCUGCGGGGCGUGCGGUUGCCGAGGCGGCUGCGGCAACAGCCGUACAGCGCCAUCGUUUUUCUUUCCCCACCAGAUGGCGCCACGGCAGGUGUUUGGUGCGCCGCCCAUCUUCCAGCUCACGUCCCUGUGCGCCAGCAACUACCUCAACCAGCCGCCCCCGCAAAGCAACGGCCAGGCCCAGCUGACAUUCUUCCCCCCCGCCCCUUACGCUGGCCAGACCCUGCUGCACACCCAUUCUGACCAUGUACUGGGCACCCAGCUAGGCUAUAGCCUCCAACAGAUGGUGUCGCCCUUCAACCGUUUCUACCCGCACAUGUACCCCUCCAGCGUGGGUAUGGUGCCCGGUUCGGGAGGUGGCGGAGGGGCCCUGGGGGGAGCGGUCGGCGUCAACAAGAACAACGGCAACGUCUCCUGCUACAACUGUGGGGUCAGUGGGCACUACGCACAGGACUGCAAACAGCCCUCUGUUGAUUCAUCACAGCAAGGCAGCUUUCGGCUGAAGUACGCCGCCUCCCACUCUUCAGAAGGACUAGACAACGCCAGCUGAACACGUCUUUUCGUUCCGUCAUCUGGUUCCUUGUCACGAGCGGUCCAAGAGAACCCUCCGUUUCAAGAGGGUUUCACUCUGAUGUUUCUCAGUCAUUGUCAUUGUUGGUUUGACCUUUUUAAAGAGCGUGUGUGAGGAGGGUCCUGAGUACUUGUGGCGGAGACGUCCUCUACGUCCCCGUCACAGCUGAGAGUGAAGCUGUCUUGUUUCCAUAGAGACGCACCCCCCCCCCACUGAUCCCUUAGAGGCUUUUGGUAUUUUGCACUGAAAACUGGCACAAGACAGCAAGCAGCUCGUGUUCACUAACUUGUUUUUGAUAUUAGAGUGUGGGAGCUUGGGAAAAUGACACCACGUCUCUUAGAGUAUGGGAGCUUGGGAAAUGACACCACGUCUCUUAGAGUAUGGGAGCUUGGUAAAUGACACCACGUAUUUUAGAGUGUGUGAGCUUGGGAAAAUGACACCACAUAUUUUAGAGUGUGGGAGCUUGGGAAAAUGACACCACGUAUUUUAGAGUGUGUGAGCUUGGGAAAAUGACACCACAUAUUUUAGAGUGUGGGAGCUUGGGAAAAUGACCCCACGUCUCUUAGUGUAUGGGAGCUUGGGAAAUGACACCACGUCUCUUAGAGUGUGUGAGCUUGGGAAAAUGACACCACGUAUUUUAGAGUAUGGGAGCUUGGGAAAAUGACACCACGUAUUUUAGAGUGUGGGAGCUUGGGAAAAUGACACCACAUAUUUUAGAGUGUGUGAGCUUGGGAAAUGACACCACGUCUCUUAGAGUAUGGGAGCUUGGGAAAUGACACCACGUCUCUUAGUGUAUGGGAGCUUGGUAAAUGACACCAUGUCUCUUAGAGUGUGUGAGCUCGGGAAAUGAUUUUGUUUUCUGAAUACAUGGGGAUUCUGCGUGAUCUCGAUUAAAGAGUUUCCUAUACUUCAUUUUUACAGCGGUAUAUUUAUGCCUCCUUAUUGUUAUUGGACGAGGAUUCGAAUGGUUUAACUGUACAACUACGAAAGAUGAGUACAAACAAAAAAGUUAAUGUAAAAAAAAUAAAAAGCUGGUAUUAUUUUAAAAAUAUUUUUUGCUCCAGUGUUUAUGAAUGUACAACAUAUUUCUUUGUUUUUUUAAUGUAAGGAAUCUGGCAGUAUCAAAACAUGUUUAUUAAAUCAUUUGCCACUUGAUAAUAAUGUGAAGCAUAAUGAGUAAGACAUUUUUAAUCAUCAUGUUUGUCAUGUUGAAGUUAAAUGCUGCUGGGUGUUUAUUUUAGUUAUAAUCUUUGACAAAAUGCACUACAACUACCAGGAAUUCUGAAGUUUCUCAAGUGCACUGAAGCAGUUCUAGAAGAACUAGAGCCAGAUGUUAUUGCAACAGUGAAGCUCUGACAAUAUACACUGUUGUCCCUACAUCCAGUAUUCUCUGACCUGACCUGCAGAGUCGGGGCCACUAUUUGGCUAUUGAUAACACUGUUCUCCUCUGAAAAUAACUAUAUUUUCUUUGAGCCAUUUCUACAGGACUGUGGUGGCCAAGGCAGAUAUCAUGUAACUUUUCUGGAGAUUCAUUAUAUUUAUUCCCACUUCUUCAUUUAAAAUGCAGCUGUGAGAUCUAACUGUAUGGCAUAUGUUUGGUACAUUGGUAAAUGUACAUCAAAGAAAUAUGCACAUACACACUACGAAUUGUGUGUGUUUUCAUGUGGAGUAUGAACACGAUUAGCGUGAGCACUAAUGGAGGUGUCUGACUGGAGUUGUUUGGGGUAUCAGGAUCAGUAGCUUUCCAGGGAUUGAUAAAAAAUAUUUUAAAAAGUGAAAAUAACCAAACUGCAAAGCAUUCCAGUAGACUAAAUCUGAUCUUUCUUGGUCCUCCCCAUUGUUUAAAGUGAAAGACAGACAUUUUAUGGCAGUCUGGAAUCUUUAGCCCGCUCUGAUUUUUUUCACUGAUAUACAAAAUGCAAAGAAUUCAAUACAUCUGUUUGAUUCCCCCCGUAUGUGUAGGUGAAAGGCAGGAAAUAUAUGGUACUUCUGCCUGUAACUGGGGGGGGGGGGGGGCAAGUGAUCAUAAUCUUCGGGUAAACCAAAUAAAAAUGCUCUUGACUUACCCUAAUGGGCAAGUGCCUUUUCAGACCUUAAAGUCAAUCCUUGCCUUCUCAGACUUGAGAGAAUUCUCAAUGAUUUAGAACUCUUUCAUGUCUGUCUUAAGAUUUGGGGUCUACAAGUUGUAAAAGAUGUGCAUGUACAGUGGGGAGAACAAGUAUUUGUCCCCUUUGCAGAAAAGCAUCCCCAAAGAAUGAUGUUUCCACCUCCAUGCUUCACGGUUGGGAUGGUGUUCUUGGGGUUGUACUCAUCCUUCUUCUUCCUCCAAACACGGCGAGUGGAGUUUAGACCAAAAAGCUCUAUUUUUGUCUCAUCAGACCAUAUGACCUUCUCCCAUUCCUCCUCUGGAUCAUCCAGAUGGUCAUUGGCAAAGUAUUUGAUCACCUACCAACCAGUAAGAAUUCCGUCUCUCACAGACCUGUUAGUUUUUCUUUAAGAAGUCCUCCUGUUCUCCACUCAUUACCUGUAUUAACUGCACAUGCCGUGUAGUUCUGGGCUGAUCCCUCACCGUCAUGCAAUAAAAUGCACAUUUAAUUACUUAAAAAUCAUACAAUGUGAUUUUCUGGAUUUUUGUUUUAGAUUCCGGCUCUCACAGUUGAAGUGUACCUAUGAUAAAAAAUCACAGACCUCUACAUGCUUUGUCAGUAGGAAAACCUGCAAAAUCGGCAGUGUAUCAAAUACUUGUUCUCCCCACUGUGUAUAUUACACUUGUGCAUACGGAGUACACACUCAUUUGUUGAUAUGAUAAGUUUUGUCAAUUUUCAUUAAUAGCCACACUUUCCCUCCAAAAACAUGAUUAAAAAGCUGCCCCCCCCCCCCCUAAAUCUCUUCGGUUUGAUUUGACGGAAGCAGAUAUUUCUUACAUGUACCUAAAAUGUUGAAGCAAACUUGGAAUUUGAUUCAAAAACGGGGUGGACAUGUGUUGAACACAGGGGAAAGAAAACAUCUGGACAGAAUUGUAUGGAUGAUUGAAGAACCAUGUGAGGUCGGAGGACGAUUGUACAUAUGAACCUGCCAGUUAAACUUGUUAAACUUUCCCGGUUAAAAAAGGCUGUACUGUAUGGGGUACACUCACUGUUACCUUCGGGUGUAUGUUUACUGUACUCUUUAUGUAAAUGUUAUUGUACUGGAAAUGUCAAAUAUAUUUCUAAAACGAAUUGGGUUUUUAUGCAAAUUGUUGAUCUGUUUUCCUUGAAUUAACAGCAAUAAAUACAAAAUAAUUAUUCUUGUU